AUGAAGCCCACUUUCAUUACCCUCGUUGGCCUGUUGGCCUCAUCUGUUGCUGCUGGACCAGUUCCCGCCGAAUUUGGCUCUGGCUUGUCGGUCAGAGGUAACGGUGGAAAUGGAAACACUGGCAAGCAGUCUGGGGCCAAAGGUGGCAACAAAGGCGGCAACCAGGCCGGCGGUGCCAACAACAGCACGGCUAACGCUGGCGGUGCUACUGGUGGUGCUACUGGCGGCGCCGCGAAGGCGGGCAACACUACAGCGCUCGUCUUGCCUGAUGGUCGUAUCAAGCAAGAUGCCACGCCUGAAAACUUCAACGUACUGGAGAGCGUUUUCAAGAGUGCCGUCGUCAAAGGAGAUGGCCUUGUUUUCAGCGACGUCAUCACUUUCCCUCAAGUAGAACCGUCUUUGUUUGACAAGUCAACCAACACCAAGGCCUUUGCCAUUAACAUCGACGACAAAUCCGUCUUCAUCCCGAAGGGCGGCGAGGCACAGUCCAACAUCCGCCGCGCCGAUCUCCUGCCCAGUAUCCGUUCGCAGUUGAACGAUGUGGCUGUUACCGGUGUCCGCACUAUGCAUUUCUCUAUCCAGCGCGAUGCGACCAAGCCUCUCAACGUGACUCACGACUAUCAAGUAAUGAACUUGGAGUCCAAGGACUUUAGCUUCCACCAGUUUGAUGUCCGCACCGGAGCUGAGAACGGUAACGAUAUCGCCAUCUUCGGCAACUCCAAGGCCACUGCCAAACCUCAGAAGAUCUUCUCUACACCUUUCGGCGAGGGAAAGUUUGAGAACUUUGCUAUCAAGAUGGAUUUCACUGCCAACACCAUGCAAGUCUUCCACAGCACCGGCACCGACCCCCUCAAGCAGGUUACGGAGCCUGUUCAGAACGACAUGGCCGGCCUCGGAGAGUACCACUUUUCUCUGCAGAAGAACCCUGUUGGAACGGCUGCUCAGCCGACCGGUAUCAAGGAAGCAAUCAUUUUUGGUGGUAUCUUCAUGGAAGACUCUACCAAUGGCCAGGUCACUCUUCAGUAG